CUCUCUCCUCUCAGGCAGGAGCGAGGCGUGUUGCUCCUGCGGCCGCCCGAGGCAGGCAGCCUGCAGAGACGGGCCAGGAGCCUCCCGCGGGCCACUUGCGGGCUUUCUCAGCUGGGUGACCAGCGUGAUCAAGGCUCCCUGGCCCCCGGAGCGCGGGCGUUAGCACGGCAGGCUGCGCCCCGGCGCUGCUCCGGAGUGGAACCGGCUUCGCGGGGAAGAGCGCCCGACUCGGAGCAGGCAAACGGAGACGGAAGAAAGCAGGUGUGAACCAGGCCCAGAAGGGAGAGAAGAAUGCCAGACCACGGAAGCCACUGCUGGCUCUGAUGCCUGGAACCACCUUGAAAGUUAGGACCUGUUAGGACCCGGAAAACUGCUUCCCCACCCUAUCCUCUCAUCCUGGACCUGAUUGGGAACGGCAGGGUCACCUCCUGUCUUGAUUUUGGAGGUAGACUCUCUCUCCCUCUAACCCACUUGGAUCUCGCCUGCUCCUCCAGAGAUGUACCAGAGCUUAGCCAUGGCUGCCAACCAUUGCCCUCAGGCCUACGAAGGGGCGAGUGGCUUCAUGCACAGCGCAGCUGCCACUUCCCCUGUCUACAUCCCAACCACGAGAGUCGGCACCAUGAUUCCCAGCCUUCCUUACCUCCAGGGGUCUGCCUCAUCGCAGCAAGGCAGCCCCUCCGGCCACUCCAUCUGGACUCAGCCCGGAGCCGAAAGCGCCUCAUAUAACCCCGGCUCGACGCACCCGUCCGUCUCGCCCAGGUUCUCCUUCGCCACUGGCUCCCCCAUCCCGACCACCACCUCCAGAGAGGGGGCCACAUACAGCAACCCUCUCAGCAUCACGGCCAACAGCAGGGAACAAUACGCCCGCAGUUUCAGUGGAUCUUACUCCAGCCCCUACCCAGCGAGCUACAUGGCCCCGGAGCUGGGGGCCACUUGGACUUCCUCACCCUUCGACAACCCCAUGCUCCAUAACCUCCAGAACCGGGGGACCCCAGGAGGGACUAGACACCCCAACCUAGAUUUUUAUGACGAUUACUCCGAAGGCCGGGAAUGCGUCAACUGCGGAGCGAUGUCCACCCCGCUGUGGCGGAGAGACGGGACCGGCCAUUACCUGUGCAACGCUUGCGGUCUCUACCACAAGAUAAACGGCAUUAACCGACCGCUGAUCAAACCCCAGAGGAGGCUGUCGGCUUCCCGUCGGAUCGGGCUCUCAUGCGCCAAUUGCCAUACCACUACGACCACGCUGUGGCGCCGGAAUGCAGAAGGCGAGCCGGUCUGUAACGCCUGUGGUUUAUACAUGAAGCUCCACGGGGUCCCGAGGCCUUUAGCAAUGCGGAAGGAAGGAAUCCAAACCAGGAAGCGGAAACCGAAGAAUUUAAACAAAUCCAAGGCUCCAACAGGGUCCGCCAGUAGCGACAGCCUCCCCUCGUCCGUCAGCUCUGCCCCCUGCACCAGCACGACAACCACCACAACUGCCAUGGAAAAAAUGCACCCCAUCAAAAUGGAACCGGGGAUCUGCUCUCAUUACGGGCACCCGGCGCCCAUUCCACAGGCAUUCUCAGUCGCUGCCAUGUCUGGACAUGGACCUGCUCUUCACUGUCCCAUGCCAAGCCUCAAACUUUCUCCACAGAGCUACCCGGUAUCUAUGAGCCAGUCUCCGCAGCCCAGCUCCAAGCAAGACUCCUGGAACAGUCUGGUCCUGGGCGAAAGCCACGGAGACAUUAUCACGGCAUAACUGUCUCUGCGCCGCAGCUUCAGGCUCGGGAUACGAAGGCGUCUUUCCACCAUCAGACGACACCGGGAUGCUUUCUUCGUUUCCUUUCCCUUGCUUUCUCCGGCCACUUUCCUGAGGGCUGUAGAUCCCGAUCCGACGGCUGGGCACAGGCCGUCCCUUGAAAGCCUCCCUGAGGCGCAUUCUUUCUCGCAAAGGAUUCUGGGUACUGUGGUCCGCCCCUCACAGAGUCUGGAUUCCCAGCAACCUUUGGCAAACUACCGUGCCCAGAAUUCUUUGAGGGGAACGAAUGUGCUUCGGAGGUGAUCGAAGUGUACACAACCGUUAUAGAUCGUCCCGUCGAAAGGUUUUGUUUGGGGGCUUGCUUUGAAAAAAGACUUUGGUGAAGUUGCCGCCACACUUGGAACGAACGAGGUCUUCAGUCGCUUCAGAGCCUCAAAUGACAACUGCCUUCAGAGAAGCUGACAGAAACUCCAGUUAAAAGUAUGUAUACACAUGGACAAAUCCGGCCCUGCAGUCUUUGACAGCACCCUUGUUGGCUUUUGCUAUUAAAUUCCCCACUCUGGCCCGGCAGGAGGAGAGAAGAUUCCCUUCCGCUGGCUUUCCCUGAAAUACAGAAUCCCAGAACCAGAGAAUUUUAGAGUUGGGACCCCAAAGCUUCAUCUAGUCUAACCCCUUGCAAUGCAGGAAUGAUGAUCAUUUCCAAGAUCUUCCUGGGGCAAGCAUUGGCUGUGUGAAUGUGUUUUCCAGACAUCUGAUCCUCAUUGAAAUACCCAAGGUCAGAUACCUGCAAGAUUGUGUGUCUGAGCUGUCAACAGAUCUAUCCCCUCUGAUGGAUCUUUCACCUUGCCCAAUGUCCCUGGCAACCAGGUUUUUCCACACAGCUUAACGAUCGAAUCUUGGAAACGCAAAGCGAUGGACAUGAAUUGUGCGAAGGCAGGAGGAGAAGAGAGAACAUGUGGACCAAACUAUACCCCAAUACUUAUGAAUGAUUGGGGGGACGGUCAGCGGCUGGCAUCCCCCAUGCACAAAUCUGGCUCCUCUCAGUGGUGAUAUUUGCCCACUCGGUUGCCAGCAGUCGAUUUUUUUGAAACGAGGGGUUAGCAGACUCACGGGGGACUAGCUGGGGCGUUAUCCCUUCAUGACCCCCGUUCGAUUGUCAAAAUGUCCCCACCCACAACGCAAAAGAGCACUUGUUGCUGGGCAGGACUCUCAAGGUACCGUCGCUGACGACUGCAACGCCGAAUGAAUACUUAAGAUUUAUUUGGGGUUUUCUCCUUCCCUGAAUGGAGGACUGCAAUCCCAUAAUAAGCCAGAAUAGAAAAGGAGCUGCAUUGUACAGCAAAUGCCACAAAUAAACACU